CUCCCCACAAGCUCCUCCGAGUGUCUAAUACACUGGAAAAUCAAAGCGCGAGCCUCCCCCGUUCACACACCACCGGUGUUGCGCGUGGAGCACCAGAGAGAGAGAGAGAGAGGGAGAGGUGCUUUCACUCUCCUCUCCUCUCUCAUCCCCUUAGCUAAACUAUCCAGUAAACUUAUCCAUACACACAGAUGAUACCAACUUCAGUUUUUUGCUUUUUAAUUUUGGACAGGCUCUGCUUUUCUAUGUGCUUUUGAGCUGUACAGUUGAAUGGCUUUAUGAGGCGAAAGAUGUCUUGGUGAGGUGAUUUUACGCACGCCGCUGAAAUGGAUCACAGACUCUCUAGAGGCAGUUGGGUACCAGUGACUGGGCUGGUUGUAUGCCUGCUUCUGUGUGCGUGUGUAGUGGACCUGGUUCUUGCACAAAUUCGGUACUCCAUUCCCGAAGAGCUGGAGCAUGGAGCUUUUGUGGGCAACAUCGCCGAAGACCUGGGCUUGGAUGUUGCCAAGCUGUCAGCGCGCCGGUUUCGUAUAGUCUCCGGCGCAAAGAGGCAGUAUUUAGAAGUGAACUUGGAGAAUGGCAUCCUCUUUGUCAACGAAAAGAUAGACAGAGAGGAGCUGUGUGAACGAAGCCCGAGCUGUUUUUUACACUUACAAGUGGUCAUUGAAAACCCACUAGAACUGUACAGAGUGGAAGUGGAGAUUUUAGAUGUGAAUGACAACUCCCCCAGUUUCCCGUGGAGCGAGUUUAAUCUUGACAUCACUGAGUCGGCUGCGCCCGGCUCCUGUUUCCCGUUAGAGAGCGCACAGGACCAGGACGUGGGCACCAACUCUCUGCGCUCCUACCAGCUAAGCGCAAACGAGCACUUUGUACUGAACAUCCAGACGCGCAAUGAUGGAAGCAAGUUUGCGGAGCUCGUGCUGGACACCCCACUGGACCGGGAACAGCAGAAAAAGCACGAAAUGGUUCUGACUGCCUUUGACGGGGGGUCACCGGAACGCUCUGGGACAGCACUGAUAACUAUCACAGUGUUAGACGCCAACGAUAACGUGCCCGUGUUUGACCGCUCAGUUUACCGGGCGAGCCUGGUGGAGAACGCACCGAGGGGGACGCUGGUGCUGAAGCUGAACGCCACAGACCUGGAUGAGGGCUCGAAUGGGGAGGUGACCUACGCGUUUAGCGGGCACGCACCCCUCAAGGUGCGCGAACUGUUCAGCGUGGACCCGUACACGGGCGAAAUCCGAGUGAAGGGCAUUGUGGACUAUGAGAAAGCCAGUGUGUAUGAGCUGUACGUGCAGGCAAAAGACAGGGGACCCUCGGCUGUGGCUGUGCACAGUAAAGUGCUGGUAGACAUCCUGGAUGUGAAUGACAACGCGCCCGAAGUCAUUCUCACAUCAGUGUCCACUCCUGUCCAGGAAGACGCGCCACCGGGCACGGUGAUAGCUGUUAUCAGCGUAAUGGACCGGGACUCGGGAGAGAAUGGAAACGUUGAUUGCCAAAUUCCGAGCAACGUCCCUUUUCAGCUCCAUUCAUCAUUUAAAAACUAUUAUACUCUGGUGACGAGCGAGUUUCUGGACAGAGAAGCGGUGUCCGAAUACAACAUCACCCUCACAGCCCGAGACUUGGGCUCUCCAUCGCUCUCCACCAGGAAAACCAUCCUCGUUCAAGUGUCUGACAUUAAUGACAACCCCCCGCGGUUCUCUCAACCUUCAUACACAGUUUAUGUGACCGAGAAUAAUGCCCCGGGCGCUUCCAUUUGCUCUGUAACUGCAUUCGACCCCGAUUCAAACCAGAACGCCUAUCUGUCUUAUUCUAUUCUCGAGGGUCAGAUUCAGGGCAUGCCCGUGUCCACUUAUGUCUCAAUCAACUCUGACAACGGCAAUAUCUACGCACUGCGCUCUUUUGAUUAUGAGCAACUUAGAAACUUUCAGAUUCUGGUACAGGCGCAGGACGCGGGUUUCCCCCCUCUCGCGAGUAAUAUCACAGUUAAUGUCUUUGUCUUGGACCAGAACGACAAUGCACCUGUUAUUGUAUCCCCGCUGCCCAAAAACGGCACCGUGGCCACAGAGGUGGUUCCGCGGUCAGUAGACGCUGGGUAUCUGGUUACAAAAAUAACAGCGCUAGACGCGGACGCAGGGCAAAACUCCCGCCUGUCCUAUCAGGUGUUGCAGGCUACAGACCCGGGGCUGUUCAGCGUGGCUCUGUACACGGGCGAAAUCAGGACUAUUCGCCGGCUAGUGGAAAAAGACGCAACAAGGCAAAGACUGGUAAUAUUAGUCAAGGACAACGGGCAGCCGCCGCUCUCCGCCACAGUCUCUAUUGUCCUCACAGUGGUAGACAGCGUGCCCGAGUCGCUGUCAGAUUUCGGAGACCUCACACUCAGCCCACAGCCCCCCUCAAACCUCGCUCUCUACUUGAUCGUGUCACUGAGCACAAUAUCUUUAAUAUUCCUCGUGGCUAUUAUUGUGCUGGCUGCGGUCAAGUGCUACAAAGACAGGGAGACCAUCAGCGGGUACAACCUCCCCCCGUUCGCCUGCUGCUGUUGCGGGGGGUUUCAGCCCGAUCCGCCUCCGGAGGUGUUCAAAAAAUCCAACCUCAACCUGCAGAUUUCAUCCGCGGCCAAAGUGCCCACGAACUGCAUGGAGGUGAAUGGAAACAGCAGUCUCUCUCAGUCAUAUUGUUAUAAAGUCUGUCUGACUCCCGAAUCAGCCAAAAGUGACUUUAUGUUUCUGAAGCCGUGCAGCCCCGGCAGCACUCCCAGGAACAACGAGGCGAAGAGCGCGGAAAACUCGUGGAACGCGCAGAGCCGGAGCGCAUCUGUGAACAACGGAGCAACUACUCCCAACGAGCUGAAGCAGCCAAACACAGACUGGACUCUCACAAAGAAUCAGAACUCCUCCAUUAAAAGUUAUAACUCCAUCAACAUGGAUGGCACCCUCAUGCGCAAGGCCAUGCAUGCAGAUCCAGAAAACUAUGUCACAUCCAUGGCGCCUGGACAGUAUUGGACGUGGGGAACUCACAUGAGAGGGAUGAAAGACUAUAAAAUGUCUCCUUCCACCAGUGGGGUCCCCUCUCGCCCCUGGACUCCUCGGUGCACACCUCCUCCCCAACAACAGCAGCCAUCCAUCCCACCCCACCCUCACCCACACCCACACCCGCCCCCUGACUACCACCACAAUGUCUACAUCCCUGGGACACCAUCAGGCUUUUGCACCUUGAGGCCCGCGGCACAGCGAAGUGAGCUGGAUGUCCAUAAUUCUUUCUCCACCUUUGGAAAGAAGCGACGCCUUCAGAUGUCCCCCCAAGGGGAGGCUGCGAUUAUAAAUAAUGACCUGUACAAUGAUUAUAUUUUUUCUGAUCUUAAAAAUCAACAGAAACGACACACAUUUUUAGAAUCUGGACUACUGUUUCCUGCAGAUGAAAGGAUGAAUUCUUGGGCCGCUGUCUUUGUCUUGUCUGCAUUAUGGCCAAGAGCUUUGUCUGUGACACGGUACUCCAUAGAGGAGGAGAUGGAGAGGGGCUCUGUAGUGGCUAAUCUCGCUGCGGAUUUGGGACUUGAGCCUGGAGGUCUGGCACAACGAGAGGUAAAACUUGAUAUUUUCCAUAACAAAAAAUAUCUAGAUGUCAAUAAAAACACAGGAGAGUUGUUUAUCGUGGAGAAGAUGGACAGGGAGUAUCUUUGUCCGAUAAAAACCACCUCCUGUUUUCUAAAGCUUGACGUUGUCAUAGAAAGCCCUUUACGCAUCUUCAACAUUGAACUUGGAAUAACAGACAUAAAUGAUAACGCUCCGCAUUUUCGACGAGACAGAGUAGAGCUCGACGUUUCAGAAUCGGCAACACCGGGAGAGAGAUUCUCUCUGCCUAAUGCUGUGGAUCCAGAUGUUGGCACGAAUACAAUCAAAUCGUACAAGCUCAGUGCCAGUGAACAUUUCACCAUAGAAACUCAGACGGGCAGUGAUGGAACUCAGUAUGUUGAUUUGGUGUUGACUAAGUCUUUAGACAGAGAGGAGACUGCUGUUCAUAAUUUAAUACUGACUGCUGUGGACGGCGGGGUCCCUGUGCGCUCUGGCACUGCCAAUAUCAUUGUUAGAGUGCAGGAUACAAACGAUAAUCCUCCUCGGUUUGACAAGCAGACUUACACAAUUAAUAUGACAGAGAAUUCCCCCAUCGGAACCUUAGUGAUGAAGCUUAACGCCACAGAUCUCGACGAGGGUCUAAAUUCAGAGAUAGUGUACUCAUUCACCCUCUACACGUCAGAAAAAACACAAGAUGUAUUUGCAUUGAAUCCUAACACAGGAGAGAUAACUGUAAAAGGAACUAUUGACUAUGAAGAUAUGAAAUUUUAUGAGCUGCACAUUGAGGCAAGAGACAAAGGGACACAUCCCCUGCUGGGGCAGUGCAAAGUAGUCCAGAUUGUGGUUGAAGACAUGAAUGACAACCACCCAGAAAUAUCUAUUAAAUCAUUUCAGAGUCCAGUCAAUGAAAACAUAGAAUUAGACACAGUGAUAGCAGUAGUUAGUGUCAGUGAUAAAGACUCAGGUGACAAUGGAGUGGUUGAUCUUCAUAUUCCAGAUAAUAUGCCUUUCAAACUGAGGGAAUCCUCUGAUAACUAUUAUGAAUUAGUAGUGUCAGAGCCAUUAGACCGCGAGAAGGUCCCGGAAUAUGACGUCACUUUCACGGUGACAGACAGAGGUUCUCCUCCUUUAUCUGACAAUGAAACUAUGACGUUAGAGCUGCUGGAUGUUAAUGACAAUGUUCCACAGUUCCCUCAGUCAUUUUAUACUAUCCGUGUGAUGGAGAAUAACGCACCUGGAGCCUUGCUCAGUUCACUCACUGCGUUUGACCCUGACCUCCAUGAAAACCAGUAUCUAGUUUAUUUCAUCCUAGAGAAGGAGAUAGCCAACACCUCCAUGUCCAUGCUGUUCUCCAUCAAUCCAGAGAACGGCAAUCUUUACGCACUGAAAACUUUUGACUAUGAGAUCGAGAAGGAGUUUCUUUUCCACAUCGAGGCCAGAGACUCUGGCUCUCCUCCACUCAGCAGCAACGUCACGGUCCACAUCAUUAUUGUGGACCAGAACGACAACGCUCCGGUCAUUGUGUCUCCGUGGCGCGCGCACGGCUCGGUGGUGGAGGAAAAGAUCCCCAGAUCCACCGAUAAAGGCUCUCUGGUUGCCAAGGUGAUAGCCUUGGACACCGACUCGGUGCACAACUCUCGGAUUACCUACCAGUUUCUACAGGUGACUGACGCCACCUUGUUCAGUCUGGACCAAUACAACGGAGAGAUCCGGACUAUGAGGAUGUUCAGUUACAGAGAUCCGCGUCACCAGAGACUGGUUGUUGCCAAGGACAACGGGGAGCCUGCUCUCUCUGCUACAGUCACCAUCAAGCUGUCCACGAUGGAGACUGCCGUUACCUACUCUGACAUGACUGAGGUGCCUCUGGAAUAUGACAUCUUCUCAGACCUCAACCUGUAUUUGGUCAUCGGUCUGGGCUCGGUGUCAUUUCUCCUGCUCAUCACCAUAUUGGUCACCAUCGUGCUCAAGUGUCAGAAACCCAAGCCCAGCAAAGCGGCUCCUCCCUGCAGGAACAGUGUGAUCAGUGAGAGGAACUCCACCAUCGCAGAUUCCACUCUGGUCUCCAACGAUGCCUACUGGUACAGUCUGUUUCUAGCAGAGACCAGGAAAGGAAAGCUGGUGGUUAGACAGCCUGUGCCAAAGGGCUCCAGAUACAUCGUGUCCAGUAUACCGAGAGGGACAGGACUCACAGACACUAGUGACUCAGCACCAUCCACUCUGCAGGCAUCCACCACCAGCAGCGGCGGCAGUAGUUCCACAUAAGGCCAAACCUCCAGCUGCAUACUGCACUGACUUGACGCUGACAGGAAAGCUUCACGGAGGAAAGGAGAAACCCCUGCCCGUAAAACGCCCCCACAUCCACCCUGCUCAGUCUGAUCCUCACCGUGUAUGUAACGCUUUAACACUAAAUGGACUAAAGUGGAUAGUUAAGGACACAGCCCUCCCCCUCUCUUCCUUUAAGCACAUAAAAAGCCAAUCAACAAUGCCUCUCUGUCCAUUCAGUGUGCAUGACAAGACUGCAUGGCUUCAACCACAUGCCAAGACCUUUCAUACAAAAAAAGAAACAUUCAAGAGGAGAUACUUACAAAGAAGCAGACUGUAUGAAAAACUGCACCUGUGGACAUUUCAAGAAGCCUCAGCAAGGACGACCUGGAGUGGACAUGGGAAUAUUGAAAUGCCUUUGAGAGACAGUUUUCCCUCUCUAAAAAUGAAACACAUGUUGGAUAUUACAUUGUUAACAUCUGUGCUUUGUCUUACUCUAUAACAGCAUUGAUGUAUUAUAUAAGUUAGCCAAGAAGUGAAACAGCACAAUUUACUAAAUGUCAAAAAAAAGCACCAACCUGCGCUUUUUUAAAAGUAUGAAACAGAGGGAAUCAGUAUUUUAUAUGUGGUAGCUUUUAGCUGUUUUAUGUUUCGUAUUGACUUUGUGCUUUAUGUGUGAUCUAGGCCUAAAUAUGACUGAGAGUGCUGAGAGAUUAGGUUAAGUUAACCAGUACAUUAACAGAUAGAAGCGGGGCCUUCAGCCAUCAUGUAUCUGCCUUUCAUUUGUGUUUGCAUGGGAUAAUCUGAGUGCUUUGAUAGCUUUAGGUGUUUUAUGAUAUUGAGCAAUCCAUUUUCUGUAGCCAAGCCUCACUAUUGUGUUUUUCAAAACAAGGUGGAAUAAUAUAUUUUACUGAGGCAACAAUGAGGAAGUACAACAGCAUUAUACUAUUGUUUCUAUUAAGUGUACCUUCAGCUUAAACUUAAGUGUACAGUGUGCUUGAAUGUUACUUGGAGGGAGGAUAUUACUGGAGGAUAUGAGUUUGGGUGAUUGAAGUGAACACAAUGAACAAAGUGAGUCUUUGAGAAGGGAUUGAUUGAUAUCUCCUCAUGAUAACUGUAUAUACACGUAUACAACUUUCACUUUUUUAUUUUCAAAGCCAAAUUCUGGAUGCUCCCAAACUCAGCGUAUUCAGAUUGUGUACCAAGUUCAAAACUCACUUAAUGACUUAAUGUUUACUUUAUUGUCGACUGUUGGUUUUACCCAAUGGAAGCUGUGCUCAUGUGUAUUACUGACUACUGUACUUAUCAGCAACACAUAAAUGGGGAUAUAGAUAUGACUGAUACGUAUAUAUAUAUCUUAAUCUAUAAGUAUGCCUUUCUUUUUCAGUACCGGUGCUGAACUUCUUAAGGUGAACAAAAACAUGUGCCAUCAGAUUUAUAGGCCAAUGAGUAUGUGACACACUAAAAUAAUCUGACAUCAUGUAGUCGAACUCUUUAGCACAGCUCACAUUGCAUUACAUGUAUAAAGGUAUAAUGUUGAACGGGCAAACAUACAAUAAGUGCUUUUGUACAGUGGUACUUUCAUGGUGCAAUAUGUAGUAACUUGUGUAACGUGAGCUUACUGUAUUCUAUGUCUGUAUGAUCUAUUAAAUACAAAAACAAAAUAGGACAACAAACUUAAUGGUCAACCUCUGAAUCUUUCACAUUUAAUUUUUGUAUCAGAAGUCACAACAUUCUUUAGGAACUGCUGCACUAUUGUAAAAUGAGUUUUAAUUUAUGAAGCAGGUCAACCUUCAGUAAAUGUACUCUGAAAGAACGUCUGUGUUGACAUCUUAAUUGAUAUGAUCAUGUGAUCAAGUGGAACUGUAUGUUUGAUGACUAUGUUAAUGAGUUAAAGGCCUGCUUUAUGUCAUUAUGAUGCCUGCUCCACACUUGUCAGCUAUUAACUAACUUGCUAAUAUCUCACUUCAAUUGAUAUGUCAGGUAGCUCAUUUCUACAACAAAUCACAGACAGUAGAGCAGCACCACUCUGUCAGUAUGAUUUUCUUGUCUGAGUCACUUUAUGGAGCAGUAAAUUGCUUGAAUGCAUUAACUGCAGUGCAGUUUAUGGAUAUUGCAUGUUGGAGAUUUGUUGAUUUUGCUGACUCAGUGGCUGAGUCAAAGAGACAAACGGUGAAUCAAUCAGGGCAUGGGUCCCUACCCCCCACUAUGGAUCACCGAAGCUUUAGGGUGAUUGCAUGGCCUUCUUCAUUUUAAGGAGUGUAAGAAAACUUAUAAAUACCUAUCUCAGCAUUUAUUCACAGAGCCCUGACCCUCUGCUAAACAGCCUCAUCCUGCAUUAGACAAGUUAAAAGAGUUAAAACAAAAAAGAAAACUACUAAUUUUGUCAAAAAGAAGCCUAUUAAGUAUGUAUGAGUGUUUGAAAAAUAAAAUAAAACAGAAUACAGAUGGAGAAUUGUAGAAAAAGUUCCUAAAAAUAUCAGGAAAACUCAUCUCUGAUGCAAUAAUCAAGGGAAAUAAUCAGCUUAAGAUUAAUCCAAAUUGCUCAUUUUACACAAACAUCCUGCAGUUACCACAUUCACUAUUUCAGUUAACUGUACCAUCUAUCAGCUGUUUUGUAAUGUUGUUGUUAUGCAUUUAAUAUAGUAUGAAAAAUCCAUCAAAUGUGUCACUUAGUCAGGGGUCAUCAGUUUACUCAAUGAUAGAAAAGGGGUGGCUCAAAGAAAAAGGUUGGAGAACAGCUGCAUUAAGGGACAAAGUUACAGGGACAGUGUGCAUUAAUAAACAUUCCUGUAGGUGUGCAAGUUUUGCCAUCUUGGCAAAUUUUCAACUGCAGUCCCUGGGCAGGUGUGAAAGGCAGGUGAAAUACAUUAAGAGGAACAGCAUGCUGUAUGGUUCUUGAAUGUGUUACUCCCCAGCAGAGAAAGUGAUGUGCAGCAGCAUUAGUCACACUAUUGGAGUCAGCUUUAGUAAACAGAACUGUGUUUUGCACAUGAGAAUAGGGUGGAGUAUUCUGCAGAUUAUUUCUUGCUUUUGUUGUCACUGACAUGUUCUCAUGGCUGGUGAUUAUUGCUAACAGCUCUUAACUGUCUCCCUGACAUCAUUACAUCCAGCACACACACACUGGAGACUGCAGUGACAGACAAUGUACUUUGUUAUGUCAUCCCAUUUAUGUCACACAUUUUCAAUUCAAGAGUGUUCAGCCGUUCUAAUCCACAAAAUGGCUUCGAAAGGGUGGUACAUUUGCUUCAAGCCCCAAACCCUGUUAAUAUUCCAGAGAGUAGACUUUUCUACAGGGUGUUCAGAAGUGUGGCUUUUAUUUUUAUCUCAUCAUUUCUCUCUGAUACUGAGACAGUGUGAACAUGGCAGCAAAACAGGAAUGUUGACUGAAGUGGACCCACUGCCUGAACAGAAAUAUGGAUGAUUGGAAUUAAUUUGUCAGUGUUUCAUAUUAAACUUCAAUAAGACACAACGACAAACAGGAAUCUAUAAAUUACAGUGUAGUAAUCAUGUGGAACUGGGCAAAUUGUAAAUGAAUUACUGGUCUGUGUUUUCUCAUUGCUCAACCAAAUUGCAUUACAUAAUCAGACUGUUACUAUCUUUGCCUUCUAUAUCUGUAUAAUUGGCUUUACUUACAAGGGUCUCUUUGUGUAUGAAAAUUAAAGAUUGACAAUCUUCACACA